GUUGCGAUUCGAGGAGUGUUUGUUUAUUGUUCAAGAGAACGCGCUAAAAGAGAUGAAAAUUCUACAACCAUAAUCGGCAGAAGAAGGAGAAGACUUGGUUCUAGAAACAUUAAUCUGCAUCUUCAAAGGCUGCGUUAAAAAAUUGCCUGUAUGUUCGGUUCUAUGUACAUUCCGGCAUUAUCAUGAGAAAAGGACAGAAGGCACCCAAAAGACCAAAGUUUCCAACUCGUUUGGAAGAAAGCAUGUUGAAGCGAAAAAACCAAGAAUUUGUCUGUUCAUGUUAUGGACUCGGGACCGGCGUGGAUAACGCCUCAAUUCCAGAAAGUAUGGAGAACCCUCCUAUGCAGUCCGAGAAAGAAUAGUGCUUUCAUGUCUUGUCCAUCUUCUCAUUCCAAGGACUUUGUUUGAUUUGCAUUAUUUAUUACCACCUUCAGAGAAAGAACUUUUGGAUAUCACUCACAGAGUUCCUGCUUUAUUCAAAUUAAAAAAGAAACGGAUUUAUGAAUCACCCUACUUAGAACCACAACCUGUGUUAGUUGCAACACACAUGAAAAAAAUAACAGAAGAAACUGAGAAAUUAAUUGAUACUCUGGAGUCACGGGGAGAUGUGAAUCUCCCAAUAAAUGCAGAUUUUAACAAAGAAUCCCACUGUGAACAGGUUGAACGGAGAAUUACAUAUGAACAAAAGAAGAUUAAUCACUUUCAAACAGUGAAAGAGCAACUCAGACAACAAGCAAUAUUUUCACCUAUAAAACUGUACAGAAACUAUGCUGUUCUUCAGGAAGAAGAAAACAGCUUUUAUCGACAACUUUCUUACUUGCCAACUUUAAAUCCAACUUUUCCGAAUGAAACUUACUCCUCUUUACGAUACAGUACAUCCACAGAAAUUCCUGACACAAGUGCAUUAGCACAGAUUCAAGAACCCAGGGACCAAACCUUUGUCCCAAUGAUGUCAUUAAAACAUUGUGCUACAUCAUGGGAUAGUCACAGUCAAAGUGAUGUUCAAGGUGCAAUGGUUCCUCCUAUAACUCAUGUCAUUGUGGAUGAAAACACUACUCCAGUUCAAAUUAAGGCUCUGGAAGGUUAUUUCCAUGCUUAUCCUCAAACAAUUCCAUACAAAACACCUCGGCUAAAGCCACUUACUACAAUAAAUCCUCUAUCAUCAAGGGAUUAUAUGGAUUAUCUUAAGAAAGCUCUACAAUAUCUGGCUAAAAGAGGAAAUCCAUUGGCUGCAUUACCAGAUGCUCAUCUCAUACCACACAUUCAUAAAUGGAUAUUGAAACGCUACAGAUUCAAAAUGACUCCAAACUUUGAAGGCAAUCUCUUCAAAGAAACAAUUACGGCAUUUGAGAAAGGAAGGUACAGAAUGAAGCUUGUUCAUAAACCAAGAAGAUUUCUUUGCAAGAUACAAUAUGGCCUUACUUGGGAUCGCCGAAUUUAUUUGCAAAAACUGGCUAGAAGAGUCAAAGGCCGAUUCUAUGGACAAGUUCAGACAACGAUGGUGAAUGAUGCUCGUAAAUUCUGGCCUGUAAUGUUUAUGAAAUAUUAUGAUGAACGUAAAUUUCGAGACACAUAUUUUGCCUACCUUCCAAGCAAGCAGAGAGAUAACAAGGAAUGCACAGUAUUCUAUAAUGAAUGUAUGCCAACAGUCUUUGGUAUUUUUGUUGAUUGCUUUUAUAAAGCAAAAUGGCUAGAAAAGUCCUUCAAGAUCAGGAAUAGGAGGAGGGGCAAGUUU